AUGAAUCAGCCAUCAGUUUCCUCCUCUGCUACCUUCAACAUCCCUAAAGUGACUCUGGAUCAUGAUGGAGAAUUCAAGUGUCAGUAUGAGAAAAUGAUGUCAAGCCAAACAUUCACCUCCCCCUUCAGUAACUCUGUUCGUCUUAGAGUGAGUCUGGAGAGGCCCAUCAUUUCCCUGACAUCCCCAGAUGGAGGGUUGGUCUGGGGUCCAGGAGGAGCAGAGGUUACCAAGGGUUACGGCCUCUCCUUCACUUGCUCCAUUAACCCCAGAUAUCCUCAGGGAGAUUUCUCUCUCAUCUUCUCCGACUCCAACAUCACAGAAACCAGGCCAGCAGUCAACAACUCAGCCUCCUUUAACUUCCCAGCUGCUGAGUUUGAACACCAGGGCAACUACAGCUGUGUGUAUGAGGUUACCAUGGCUACACAGAGGUUCAGUUCUGAUGAGGCAGAACCCAUUAGUCUCAUCAUCAAAUCCUCUUCACUGCUGCUGGUUUCCUCAGUCUCCAGUGGAAUCCUGCUGCUGGUCCUGCUGGUGUCUCUAGCAGUCUGUCUGCGCUGCAGGAGGAAACUUUGCUCUAAACAGCCCAUACCGUCUGACCAAAACCAAAUGUAUUUCCAGCAGUUAAACACAAAAUACGACGAGAAUGAUCAGGACGACUAUGAAAAUAUUGAUGCAUUUCGCUCAGUAAAGGAACUGGAGAUGGAUGAAGAGUCAACAAGUGAUGAUGAUCAUGAUUAUGAAGAUGCAGACAUUAACUUAGGACAAGUCACUGUUGGUGUAGAAGAUCCUAGAGCAGCAGAACAAAGACCUGAAGAAGAUGAAAGCACAGAUGAUGAAGACGAUGACUAUGUGAAUGUUACCGAACCCUGGAAAGAUGACGUGGUGCAAAAUCAUGAAUAUGUGUAUUAA